GGUUGGUAUGCCGAAGUGUGUUCUGGAUUUCUCGUCUGCUCUAUAUAGCGUUGGCCCCUGUUCACAUCAUUCAUUCCAGGACUGCGAAGCUAAAUCCUCUCACUCUGAAGAAAACAAUCCUUCUUGCACUUUGCAGCAUCUCUCAUUAGCCCGUGAGCUUCUCUGAUCCGGCCACUCUGCUGGCUCCUGGAGAGUUUGCAACUCCGUUCACUCACUCUUUGCCGACAUCCGUCGUGUCCCGAAUUCUUCUCACAGCGUGCAUUCCCAAUGCCUGGACUCAAGACGUUUUUAGCUUCGCGAAAGAGAAACAUAACGGACCGUGAUGGAUUCACCUCUCUCCUUGAUGAUCCAUCCUCAUAUGAUGCACCAAGCCCGAUGCUCUCACCAAUUCCUGCCAGAAUCCAGUCAAACAGAAGGAUUCCUCAAUUAGUUCGAAUCGGAUCGAACUCGACGUCUUCGUCGCGUGCAGCUAGCCCAGCUCCUUCUCCAUCGCUAUCUGCAUUAUCCAAUCCAUUCGACGAGGGAAAGGCACUUCAUUACUCUAACGAUACGCUGCCACUGGACGAUUAUAACCUUGACUACUUCAGUAUCGGUGGUGCCGCGACCCCUGCGUCCGAGUCGGCUCAUUAUGUUCCACCAUCAUCAGCUGAGAUGCGAAAGUCACUGCUAGCGGGGAGCAAUGACUUUUUGGCAAUAAAUCAAGAACAGCCACAGCAGUCCUUCAUUUGGAGGGCGUUGGAAGCGCUCAGAGCCAAGAUCUACCAACAUUUUGACCCUCAUACGUUCUGGAGUAUGAUCGACAUCCGCGAAAUCUUCUGGCCGUUUACAUGGAAGAAAUAUGGUGUCCUUCUUCUCGUGGCGUUGGCAAUUGCUGCUAUUGUCGUCACAGAGCAGGCUUUCCACUGGAUCCAACAAUCUAUGGAAAUCACUAGACGAAACAUGCUCCCUGUGCUCAUACUCGUAAUUGGACUGGAGCCUAUGAUGAUCGUGAUCAUAUUAAUGGUGGCCAAAAUUCCUGAUAUCUCCUCAAAUGAUGCUUCACCAUCAAACCCAGCCGCAGACUCCAAUCUUACAGAUCAGAUGGCAGCGCUUGAGAAGGAGGUACAGCAAAACGAUGAUUACCUCACCGCGCUCGUAAUUCCGUGUCACAACAGCGACCACGAGGCUAUGAAGCGAGUCCUUGAGUCUGCGUACCCCCACUUUCGACCACAAGACAUAUUUAUCGUCGAUAAUGGGAGGUCGAUGUAUCCCAAAGACAACGAGUUCCGUGAAUUCAUCUAUUCACAGCACCCCGAUAUCAAUUACAUUUGGUCGCCGAUAGGAAGUAAAAACGCAGCGCAGCUUGUUGGCGCAAUGGCUGCACGGAACCAUCAAUACAUCAUGACGGUUGAUGACGACGUUUGCAUCCCGACAAACUUCCGCGCGCCGCUGGAUCUUGUCAACGAGAAGACGAAAGGCGUUGCUUUCCCACUCAAAGCUACGGACGCCAAUGGCAACGUACCAGUUUUUAUGGUUGCCUGGCAAGAUUGCGAGUACAGAAUGGCAGGCUUGACCAAACUGGCUGAGAGUCAAAUUUGCGGUGUGCUGUUUCCCCACGGUGCUGGCUGGUUCUGUGAACGAGAGACACUGAUCGAUCUUAUCUCCAAUUAUCAUUCAAUUGACUUCAUCGCAGAAGAUGUUAACACGGGAGUCAGCAUGCAAAAAAUGAAUAAACUAAUUGCAUUUGACACUCGUUGCGUGUUGGAGACAGAAGUGCCUAGUACAAUUUUUGGACAAGGCUUGAACUGGUACCACCAGCGAGUACGUUCGUGGGAAAUGGGUCGACAUGGACGUCUCUUCGCAUUUAUAGACCGGCUUUUUUUCUCCCUUAAUGGUCAGCGUGCGCCAUGGGCAAUUCUUGCACAAAAAUUUGUCUACAUAUACUCGAUUGCCUGUAUCGUCAUUGAUUGGAUCCGCGUACCAGUGAUAGUAACCAUGGGUACAAACGGCAACUACUGGCGCCAGGCUGGUUUACUCACAUUGGCGUCUAUACUCCCUUUGAUGUGGUUUCGUUACAUCUCAUGCAGGAGACGACCAGAUCUACGGCCUACUUUCUGGGGAUCGCUCACAAUUCCAGUGUACAAGCAGUUGUAUGCACUUGUUUCAAUAAUCGGUGCUAUCAGAAGUGUUGUUUACUACUUCGGCGGACAUAAGCUUCCAAAAACUAUCAAAGAGAUGGUUGCUGAUAAAGAUGAGCGCUGUUUGUGGCUCGAUCCGCGGUUUGAGACAAAUCCAGGAUUUCUUGCUGACGAGGGGUUAGCAUUGACAAAGCCGACAUCAAGUGAGGAGAAGGAUGAUUGA